AUGCUAAUGAGAUCUCCAAAUUUAGUCAAGAUGGUUGGUGCCAAUUUUCUUUGUGUAGUCUUGCUAGUGGAGAUUAUAGUAGUGAUGAGUGGUCAUAGCUUUGGAGCAAAUGGUCUGAGCAUGAACUAUUACCUCACGAGUUGCCCAUUCGCUGAACAAAUUGUGAGAAACACAGUUUUCAGAGCUUUGCAGGCUGACCCUACCCUUGCAGCUGGCCUUGUUAGAAUGCAUUUCCAUGAUUGCUUCGUUGAGGGAUGUGAUGGGUCGGUUUUGAUUGACUCAACGAAUGAUAACACAGCAGAGAAGGACUCCCUUGCAAAUUUGAGCUUAAGAGGAUAUGAAGUUAUCGAUGCAGCAAAAGAGGAGCUUGAAAGAAUGUGCCCCGGCGUAGUCUCAUGUGCUGAUAUUGUUGCAAUGGCUGCCAGAGAUUCAGUAUUCUUGGCUGGGGGUCCACUAUAUGGCAUACAAAAGGGAAGGAAGGAUGGAAGGAGGUCUAAAGUAGAAGACACAUUCAACCUUCCCCCUCCCACCCUCAAUGCCUCUCAGCUCAUUACCAAGUUUAGGCAGCAUGGUUUUAGUGCAGAGGAAAUGGUGGCUCUUUCUGGGGCACAUACGCUAGGAGUGGCAAGGUGCCGAUCCUUCAAAAACCGAUUGAGCGGCGUGGAUCCGACUUUAGAUAAAGACUUUGCGAAGACAUUGUCGGAAACAUGCAGCUCCGGUGACGAUGCGGAGCUAGCCUUUGACGCGACAAGGAACAGCUUCGACAAUCUUUACUUCAAUGCGUUGCAAAGGAAAGCCGGAGUGCUUACUUCCGAUCAAACGUUGUACGCCGACACAAGAACCAGAGGCUUUGUCAAUGGCUUUGCGCUUAACCAAGCCACCUUCUUCCGUCGUUUCCAAUGGGCGAUGGUCAAAAUGGGAACACUUGAUGUUAAACAAGGUUCAAGAGGCGAAGUACGAAGAAAUUGCCAUAAAUUUAACUGA